ACUAACAUUUCUUUUCUUUCUUUUUACUGUUUUCCAACUCACCUUUUCAUAUUUUUGAUCUCCUUAUCUAAGUUAUCUUGACAGAAAAUUUACUGUAUCACAUAAUUGUUGUUCUUGUAUAUAAUACUUCUUUGAUCUAAAGAAACUAGGUUUAGAGAGCGACUCAUGGAGGAGCAGAACCCCAAGAAAGCUAAACCUGAGACUGCUUCACAUGCUGAAAUCCCCGAACCUGUUCAAGAAUUUAAACAAAGCUUUCCUCCAGUCUCUCAAAAUACGGCGUUCUCAAGGAAUGAGUUGGAGAAAAGGAAUGCUUUGAUCAAGGCAUGGGAAGAAAAUGAGAAGGCUAAAGUGGAGAGAAAGAUUCAUGAAAAGCUAUCUGCUGUUGGAUCAUGGGAAGCUGCUAAGAGAGCAUAUAUGGAGAUGAAAAUGAAGAAGAAUGAGGAAAAGUUGGAAAGGAAGAAGGGCGAAUAUGCAGAGAUAAUGAAGAACAAAAUGGCAGAAAUUCACAUGGCCGCAGAAGAGAAAAAAGCAAAAGUUGAAGCUACACGAAAUGAAGAAUGUCUUAAGAUAGAGGAAACUGCAGCUAAAUUCAAAUCAGUUGGACGUGUACCAGGAAGUUCUUUUGGAUGCAUUGGCUGCUGAUAUUUAAAUAAUAAAAGCACAAAAUAUAACAAAAAUUAAGGUUUCGUUCAUUCUUUGGGUUGUUUAAAAGAUUUCUGUUUAUGAAAAGCUCACAAUUUGUACGACUGCCAAAUCAAAAUUUUAAUCUUCCGUUCCUAA